AUGACUACAAUUAUCUCAGGCCAACCGAUGAUCGAUGACGACGCCGAGAGUGAGCAAGUGGUGGAUGAAAAUUUGGAUUGGAAUGAUGCCAAGCAAGAGGAGUCUCGUCCAGCAACAGUUUCUUCGGUUCAUUCGAACGGAGUUGCUGCCAAAAAGGAACGGGACACUGUUGCUGAGAUUUUAGCUGAGAAAGUUCAACAAAUUCGUCCCUUAACAAAGAUGCGAUUUACACGAAAAUUCAAACACUUUGGAAGAGAAAUACAAAAUAUUGAGGAUGAUACCAAUGAUUCGUAUCGGUUUUUCCCACCAGUCAAAGACCCUAGAUAUCAACCAUCGGAUCAAAGACUGGAACGUGAUUACGGAGUUCAAUGCGGAGAAGCUCUCGUAGAAAGAUCAAUUCAAACCGAUUGGUUCAGAAAAGUAAAUCACUUCUCCCAAGUGAAUAUUGCAGAGUCAAUUGCCAAUCAAAACAUAUCAACAAAAGAUGAUUCAGCAAGCAUUACUCAAUUCUUGAAAAAUAUUUCACCAUUAUUAUUCGAAGCCCUAGAUCAAAACACAACGCUUGAUAUAUUUAAAGAUGAUUUUGCAGAGUUGAAAAUUGGAGACGAUUCCUUCAUUGGAACCAAAUCCGAGUCUCAAUUUAUUGAAAUACAAUCAUUUCCUCAUGCGGUUUCAAAAAUCAGAAAGAUAUCAUCGUUGGACUGGCAGCCUAAUAAUAAGGCAGUUUUGGCUAUUAGUACAAUAGAUAUCAGAGAUUUUAGCACAAGAGUUCUCGAAGGAGGAAAACCAUCAAUUUCAAAUGUAUAUAUUUGGUCUUUUCAAGAUCCAACCUACCCUAGUUACAUUCUAAAUGCGCCAAUGGAUGUAAAUUGUCUCCAAUUCAACCCCUCAAAUCCAAAUAUUCUGGCUGGUGGUAUGAUCAACGGUCAGGUGAUUCUCUGGGAUAUCGAGAAUGGAGAGAAAGAAUUUGAACAAAUUGAAAUCGAUAUGAAAGGAGAUGAAAUUGCAAAACCUCAAAUACCCACAUUGGAUUGGACACAACUAUCUCUUCCAGAGAUGAGCCAUGCAAAUUGUGUGACAGGAAUUCAAUGGUUACCAAAAGGUAAAAUUGUCAAAAGCAAUGGAAGUAUGGUAUCCUCUGCUGGAGACGAGUGCUUCCAAUUCCUAACUCUUGGAAUGGAUUCAAAAUUUAUUUUGUGGGACAUGAGAAAGGAUAAGAGAAGACUUACUCUGAAAAAGAACGAUCGAUUCAAAGAUGCAUGGAUACCCUACGCAGUUAUGCCCAUUAUGCAACUGGACUUAACCUCAGAAUUACCGACAUUUGCGCUUUCGGUGAGCUCUAAAAAUCCUCAUUCCAUUUGCUGUACCACAAACGAAGGAGAAUUCAUAGUGGCAGAUUGGUCUCCAGUUGAUUCCAAUGCUGAGGAAAACAACAGUAAUUCCGAUACAACAUUCAAUACUGUAAAUAUUGCGACAGGUAUUUAUGGCAAAACAAACGGCCAUCUAGGAAUUGCCCAUACUAUUUCUCGAAGCCCAUUCUUUGAUGAUAUCCUUCUUACUAUUGGAAAAUCAACUUGUAAGAUUUGGAAAAUUGGAUGCCCAGAUCCUAUUUGGACCAGCGGAUUUAAGUUUAACACAUCAUAUUCUUGUGGAAGUUGGAGCCCAACAAGGCCGGGAGUCAUACUUCUUGGAAGAACAGACGGAUUUAUAGAAGUUUGGGAUUUUCUCGACAAAUCUCAUGACUACAGCAUGAUGUCCCACUUUUCAAUUUCUCAACAAAACGUACCUCUAACAGAAAUGAAAUUUAGAGUGGGAUCUGGCAAAAACUCUUAUCAAUUUAUUGCCAUUGGUACUCAAAAUGCUUCACUUUCUGUCGUCGAGGUUCCAAAGAAUCUCAUUCGUCCUUUACUUGAUGAAGAAAAACAAAUACGUAACUUCUUUAACAGGGAAUAUGAAAAGGUUCUCUACUUUAAAGAGCGAUGGAAGAUUAGAGACAAGGAAGGAGAGGAGAAAAAACUGCAACAACUUGACAGAGGCUCUGUCGAUCCUGAAACUCGAUCAGAGGCAGGAACGACUCACACCGCUCAAAGUCAUCCCUCUCUUCAAGAAGUGUCACCCAACAACAACAUCAACAACAUGAAUCAAGAAAAGAAGCCAAGUAUUGAUAAAGCAGAGAUUAAAAAGAAAUUCCUCACCAUUAUACAACAAUAA